CCGGACGUAUUUUUGGAAUCGCGGGUUUAACAUAUCGACGCCGCCCGCCGCUCCGUCUUCACUCUUGUCGAUCCACGCUCUCGUCUACACGCACCUUUCCGACGACAUGGCAAGCAGAGGACCCGCUUACGGUCUCAGCGCCCAAGUGGCCAACAAGCUGGCCAGCAAGCGCGACCCCGAACUGGAGAACGAGAUCAUUCACUGGAUUCAGGAGAUAAUGGGACAGAAGCUGCCCAACGGACCCUACGAAGAAGUUCUGCGCGACGGAACCGUCCUUUGCAACCUAAUGAACAAGUUGAUGCCCGGAUGCAUCCAGAAGAUCAACACUUCCGGAGGACAGUUCAAGAUGAUGGAGAACAUCAACCGCUUCCAGGAGGCGGCCAAGAAGUACGGGGUGCCCGAGAUCGACGUCUUCCAGACGGUCGAUCUGUGGGAGAGGAGGAACAUUCCUCAGGUCACGCAGUGUCUCAUGGCACUGGGAAGAGCGUGCUACACGCACCCGGAAUACCAAGGACCCUGCCUGGGCCCCAAACCCUCGGAAGAGAACAAGAGAACCUUCACGGAAGAGCAGCUGCGGGCGGGAGAGGGCAUCAUCAACCUGCAGUACGGAACCAACAAGGGCGCCACCCAGAGCGGACAGAACUUUGGCAACACCAGACACAUGUGAAGACCUCCUCCCAACGGCUCGCGCUUCGGCUGUUAAUUUGUAAAAAAUGGUGUAAAAUCGCUUGCGGCGCCGCGCGCCGCGUCAGUUCCGCGCUUCGCCGUCUGUACGAGAAAUUCUAGCAAAUAAAGAUUUGUACUUCCA